AUGAACGUAUCUAGUACAAGACAAUAUUUGUGUAUACAAUUACAAUUAUGGAAUGAAUUACAAGAAAAAAUGCAUAAUGUAUCAUUAAUAUCUUUGUCAACAACAUCUUUAAAAGUUGAUGAAAAAACGUAUAGAAUAUGUUCUGCGAUUUGUCAUCACGGGGAAUCAUUACAUCAUGGUCAUUAUACAAGUUUAAUAAAAAAAUCAAAUCUUUGGUUCAGAUGUAAUGAUCUCACUUCUAAUAAAGAAAGAUGGCCUAGAGGUGGCAAAGACAUUUAUUUGCUAAUCCUCGAGAAGCAAAAUUAA